AUGUCGUCUUCUUCGAGCAGCGGCCUAACGUUCAAGCUCCAUCCCCUCGUCAUUGUCAACAUCUCCGAUCACUACACUCGGGUCAAGUCCCAGUCCCUUCCGCCUCCGGAUGCCCGCAACGGCGGCGAAAAUUACGUGGUCUCUCUUCCGUCGCCGCCGCGCGUGUACGGAUGCGUCAUCGGCGUCCAGCGCGGCCGCAUCGUGGAGAUCUUCAACAGCUUCGAGCUUCUCUACGACGCCUCCACCCACUCGCUCGACCGCGCUUUUCUCGAGAAGAAGCAAGAGCUUUAUAAGAAGGUGUUUCCGAAUUUUUACAUCCUGGGAUGGUACUCAACGGGGAGCGAGGCGCUAGAGUCCGACAUGAUUAUUCACAAAGCUCUGAUGGAUAUCAACGAGAGCCCUGUUUAUGUUCUUCUCAAUCCUUCCAUUAAUCCUGCACAGAAAGAUCUGCCCGUUACAAUAUAUGAAAGUGAGUUGCAUGUUAUUGAUAGCAUCCCCCAGCUUAUUUUUGUUCGAUCAAGUUAUACCAUAGAGACAGUGGAAGCUGAAAGAAUAUCUGUUGAUCAUGUCGCCCAUCUUAAGCCAUCUGAUGGGGGUUCAGCUGCAACUCAAUUGGCUGCUCACCUUACUGGCAUACACAGUGCAAUUAAGAUGCUGAAUAGCAGGAUCCGGGUGCUUCAUCACUAUCUUCUUGCCAUGCAGAAAGGUCAAAUGCCAUGUGACAAUUCUUUAUUGAGGCAAGUAUCUAGUCUCUUGAGAAGACUACCAGCCAUCGAAUCUGACAAAUUCCAAGAUGAUUUCUUGAUGGAAUAUAAUGAUACUCUGUUGAUAACGUAUCUGGCAAUGUUCACCAACUGUUCAAGCACGAUGAAUGAGCUGGUCGACAAAUUCAAUACUGCUUACGACAGGCAUAGUCGAAGGGGUGGCCGGACCUCCUUUAUCUAA